AUGGGAGAAGGCGGCGGCCGUAGCUUUGGGACCACUAGGGAGCUGCAGAGGCUGAAGCAGCAGGCGAUGGAGUACUACCGGGAGAACGACGUCCCGCGCAGGCUGGAAGAGCUGCUCAACUCCACCUUCUACCUCCAGCCUGCCGACGUCUACGGGCACCUGGCAAACUGCUUUUCUAAACUUGCAAAGCCUCCCACCAUAUGCAGAGUCGUGGGGAAGAAUGUCUUGGAUGGACUGGGGCUUCCAACCCUCCAAGUGGAAAUAUUCUGCACCAUUCAAAAUUUCCCCAAGAGCAUAUGCUCGGUGGUGAUCUCAACGCACUUUGAAGUCCUCGAGAAUGUUCUGCCAGAGCUGGCAGACGCAGAGCAAGAGGCAAGGUCCGAGGCGGUCCGCAUCGCGGUGCAGUGGGUCAACGAAACCAUCACCGAGGAGCUUCAGGGCCUGACGCCCUCCGACCAGGCUGAGGUGGACCAGGUGCUCAGGACAUUCUUUGGAAAUAAAGCACAAGAAGACAAAGAGAGGAGAGAACUGGAAAAAAGCCUGGAAGACACAAGAGUGUCCAUCCCUUCACCCGCACCACCACCACCGCCUCCUCCACCCCCAGCCAAAAAAAGGGGACAAAAGCAAGGGAAGAACGAUACUUUUACAGAGAAACCUAUUGUGCCUCCAGAACCCGUUGAACCUGUACUGAAUGGUAGCAUGGCCAUAGGGGCUGUGUCACUCGCUAUGGCCAAAACCAGGGCCAUCCUGGACAAUAACCCCCUCUACUUAAAUAUUGCACUGCUGAAGCAGUCAGGUCAGGAACAGCCCACAAAGCUCACCUUACCUUUGCCAAUGGUGUCUCUGGUCAGCUGCGGGAAGUCAUCGCCCGGGAAACUGAAUUUAAUGAAAGAAGUGAUGUGUAUUCCCCAUCCUGGAUUAACAGCUAGACAAGGUGUGGAGAUGCUUCUGGAAAUUCAGAAACAUAUCAACAAAACAAUUGAAAUGCCGCCACCUCCAAAAACAGAGACCAAAAAAGGGCAUAACGGAAGCAAAAGAGGUCAACCCAUCACGGGCAAGAUGUCACAUCUUGGCUGUUUGACCAUUAAUUACGACACCAUAGAGCAACCGCUGGUCCUAAUUCAAGGCAUCUGUGCGAACCUGGGGCUGGACCUGGGGACAAACCUGCACCUGGCCAUCAACUGUGCUGCCCAUGAGCUGAUGGAUUAUAGUAGAGGAAAGUAUGAAGUGAUGCUGGGAACAUACAAAAACGCAGCGGAGAUGGUGGACCUCUACGUGGAUCUGAUCAACAGGUUCCCUGCAAUUAUCGCCUUAAUCGAUCCUUUCAGGAAGGAGGACUCUGAGCAGUGGGACAGCAUCUGUAAUGCUCUUGGUUCCAGGUGUUACAUCAUUGCAGGAGCUGCAUCCAAAAGCAUUUCUAAACUUCUAGAGGGUGGGGACAUCAGCACCCCCAAAUCCAGUGGGCUGGUCAUCAAACAUACCAACCAAACUACGAUCUCUGACUUGGUGGAAAUAACCAGUCUUCUUGACAGUAAGCAGCGCGUGGCCGUCUUCGGAAGCGCGGAAGGGGAGUCGUCUGAUGACAGCCUGGUCGAUCUGGCCAUCGGACUCGGUGUCCGGUUUAUCAAGUUGGGAGGUCUUUCUCGCGGCGAGCGGAUAACUAAGUACAACCGCCUCUUCACUAUAGAGGAAGAACUGCUCCAGAGUGGAACACUGGGUUUCAAUGAAGAACACAUAUUUUUUCCCUUGAAUGAUGAAGCUGAGAAGGGGACCAAGGCACCCGAGGCUGCGGCUACCGGGGCGGGCGAGCCAGCCCAGCUCCCGGAGCCCAUCUUCCCCACAGAAGUGCUGGAGGCGUCGGCCAAAGCAUGAGCGUCUCCGGGAUGGGGCUGUGACCCCCCGCCUUUCGGCCACGCUGCUAGCUGAGACCCGCAGAGCCCACCUGUGUCUUCACAUGGGCUUUGCUCUAAAACAUCCCUAACCAGCGUGCUCUUUUUAUUCUUGGGAUUUCUGUUUGCUAACACUGGUACCUAGUAUUUCCGCCCGAAAUUACGCCUGUAAACUGUGUCUUCCAGACCUCGAAUUUCCACGGGGAAAUUCCCUCCUGUCCACUUGGGGGGCCAAGACCUAGUAAAAGAGGCCAGUGCAUCUGCUGCCGAGCGCACACGUGGGCAGCGACGUAGCCGGCCCGGAGGCGCAGGCGCAUUUUUGCCGCCUUCCUCACGCAGGAAGAAAUGUGAGAACUUCAGUCUUUCUAACAGCCGAACAGCUGCUGCUUACUUCCUUGCCCUUCAUCCCCUUUUCCUUGAUUCCCUCCUCUUUCUAAAUUUUCAUCUUUAUUGUAUUACUUAUACGCUUGUGGGUGUCCUAAGAUCCUUUUUAGAAAAAGCAGCAGUCUAAAUGCAUAAACCCAUCAGUAAAUGAAUACAGAUUCUGAAGGUAAUAAUGCUCAGUUACUUCCGCAACAGCAUCUCACAGGAGACAAACGACGUAUCACACAGGCUGACUAAGUGCCUCCCUUGUAAGGCAGUAUCGGGGUUAUGGCAAAAACGUACUGGAAAUAAAUUUAUUCAAACACACACCUUAUAGAUAUAAUAAUAUCCUACUGCCUUGUAUAAUUUAGAUUGUCUGUUUAAACUUACCAUUUGCUUUCCUCCAAAAUGAUAAAAAUUGUGAUAUACUGACCUGUGGGAGAGUUGGCUAAGUUGAGAUUUCUGAGAACUUUUCCUCUUGAAGAGUCCCCAUAGGGAAAUUUAAUGGCCUCAUGGUAACACCAGGGCCUUAUUAUGCUCAAAGCAGUGAUUUAAAAUGGGCUCAGUGGCACGUUCUCUCAGAGCCCGGGGCGGGAGGGCUGGUUGGUAUCUAAGCUGGGAGAACCGUGCCUGUUUGUGGCUGCUACUGCCUGUCCUGGUGCUUAGCAACACACAGUGAGGUAAAAGAAACUGUAAGGAAAUUCAUUUUAUUUAUGGUUUUGGGUUUUUUUGUUUUUUGAGAGGGGGGAAG